AGUAAUGUGCACAGUAUUUGUUAUUUGAAUCGAAAAUUCGUUUAAAGCUCUUAAGUUUCAACAAAAAGAUUUUAUCAGUGAAUCUCGUUCUCUCAGUUGAUCUAAAUUUUUAUUCAUCAUGCUCAUUGGUGUUUAAUUGUAUUGUUCAGCCAUUGCAUUAUCAAAAAACAAUGUUCCACUUAGGCAAAUCAACUGUCUUCCAAAGUUUUAAUAUUCAAAAAAGUGUUGUUCGCUUGUGCACCAUUGCAACUGAUGGUUUGACAGAGUGGAGUAAACUGAAGACAAAAUAUUCAGAAAUUGAGCAGACGUCGACGUUGAAGAUAUUAAAAAAAUGCAGUACCAAAGAAAUGAACAGAUAUGGGAUCUCAGAAGACUUGACUAAUUCAUUAAAAUCUUCAUCCAGUCACACAAAAUUUGAUACGCUGGAUGAUUACAUUUUAUCUGAUUUGUUAAAAGUCGACGAGCUGGAUAAAAUUUGCACAGCUAUUUCAGCAAAAAAGACAAAAAAGAAGACCAAUGUAGUCUCGCCUCCAAUAAGAAAGCACAAGCUUAAUCACUUGAAUACCGCAGUAGGCCUGCGAAUAGGCAUUAAUUGCAUAAGCUGGUGCAAACUAAGUGUGACUGGAACUCAUUGUAAUGUGGAAAAUUGGCAGUACCGAGACAUAACAGACGUGUCUUUGAAUGCAAGCCCAAUCGAAGUUAUCGACACAGCAUUGAAGAUUUCUAGAGAUUUGCCAGAUGCUUAUGCUUAUGUUAUGGAAAAAGAGCCCUUUAAAUCCACAGCAAAAUUAAAUGCUACUUUAGUCAAAUUAAAUAUGAGAAAACUGCAAGUCAUGACUGCGAUUUUAACUACAUUAUCCAUGAGGACCAAUGAAAGGGAAAAAGAUUCACCAGCUUGUUCCCUAUCUGAUUUGGUUUAUACAAUGAAACUGCAUGUUCCAUCAAGACAUUUUGGAGUAUUCUUUGGUCACGAGGCUGUAUCAGCAGAUCAAGUUAUUGAAAAUCUUAUUUACCAGCGAGAUUGCAAUCUGAAUAAUAUCACGUGUGUUAAUAUGGGUGAUGAAAUUCAACAAUAUCAUGCAUCCAUGGACCAUUGUUCAAAGGAGGAACUAAACAGGUGUUUGAUGCUGGUAUUAACUUUUUUUGAUUUAGCAGUCCUACAAAAUCGAUGA